UGGCAGUCUCCCUCGACUGAGAAUUGCAACAAUUUUAUUUCACUGGAUCAUUCUCCAUGAAGUAAAACAAGCGAGUGGCCCUGCAAAGCUAUAGAUGAAGUUACAAUGGCUCUGCUGGCUGAGGGCAGAUUGGAGCGAGAGCACAUGACCUUCACUUGCACCACUGGAGGCAAGGAGACCCACACCAACAAAGGGAUUUAUUACCAAAAAGUCAAACUGCUUCAACCAGAUGAAGAUGUCUGCUGUGUCCCCCAAAUCAAUGAGAGAAUUCGGUAUGCGAUCAUUAAUGUUGGAGGCAUUAAAUAUAAGAUGCCAUGGAUUAUACUUGACCAGAUCCCAUUAACACGUCUAGGCAAACUCAAAGCAUGUAGCGGCUAUGAUGAAAUUAUGGACAUCUGUGAUGACUACGAUGUAACCCGCAAUGAGUUUUUCUUUGACCGCAAUCCUUGUGCCUUCAGAACUAUUAUGACUUUCCUGACGGCUGGAAAACUAAGACUCCUCAGAGAAAUGUGUGCUCUCUCCUUUCAAGAGGAGUUAAUUUACUGGGGCAUUGAGGAUGAAAACCUGGAAUGGUGUUGUCGCCGUAAACUGUAUCAGAAAGUUGAGGAUCUAGAGGAACUGAAGAUGGAUUAUGAAGUGUUACUUACUGAAGAAUCACAGGGUGCCUUUGAUGACACGACUCGCUUGGGUCACUGCAUGAAGAACCUCAGGGACAUGGUGGAAAAUCCUGAUUCAGGGAUCCCAGGAAAGAUGUUUGCUUGCCUUUCUGUUAUUUUUGUGACAAUCACUACAGUAAGUCUCUGCAUCAGUACCAUGCCUGAUCUGAGAGAAGAGGAGGAGCGGGGCGAAUGCUCCCAAAAGUGCUACAACAUCUUUGUCCUAGAAACCGUCUGUGUGGCCUGGUUUUCAUUAGAGUUCCUGCUGCGAUUUAUCCAAGCACAGAGCAAGUGCGUGUUUCUGAGGACUCCUCUGAAUGUCAUCGACAUAAUGGCCCUUUUGCCUUAUUACAUCAGCCUGAUUAUAGAUGCCCUUUCAAUUGGCGGGAAGCCAAGCGGACCUGGAAACCUGGAUUUGGAAAAGAUAGGACUGGUCCUUCGAGUUCUGCGCGCUCUGAGGAUUUUGUAUGUGAUGAGGUUGGUUCGUCAUUCCCUGGGGCUUCAGACUCUAGGACUGACAGUCCAACGAUGCACAAGGGAAUUUGGCCUCCUUCUGCUCUUUCUCUGUGUGGCCAUGGCGCUCUUCUCUCCUCUGGUAUUUUUGGCAGAGAGUGAACUGGGUGCCAAGCAUGACUUCACCAGCAUCCCAAGCAGCUACUGGUGGGCAGUGAUCUCGAUGACUACUGUGGGUUAUGGAGACAUGGUCCCAAGGAGUAUCCCUGGGCAGGUGGUAGCUUUGAGUAGCAUCCUGAGUGGCAUUCUCCUCAUGGCCUUCCCGGUUACCUCGAUCUUUCACACCUUCUCGCGCUCGUACAUGGAACUGAAAGGUCAGCAGCAGCGCAUCUCAAACAACAAAAUCCAGCUGAAAGGGGACCCUAAAUCCCAGAACAGUGACAGCUCUCAGGAAACGGACAUCUCAUUUCCAACUGACUUUGGAGAUUCUUCACUUCAGAAAAACAGAAGAAUAAUCACGGAGGGUUGAAUAACAUAAAUCAAAGGACCUCCGGCUCUUUUCAAAUAGCAGACUUACUACCAGAUCCAAACAAAAAAAGUUGCUGAAACAGAUGUUUAUCUAAACAUAUUGUUAUUUGUGAUUGAUGUGCUAAUAUGGCUGACCUAAUGGCUAAAUUGAAACACAUGGAAGGGAGAAUGGGAUUAACCAUUUGUGAUGCUGAAUUUGAGAUAGGAGUAACCCUUACUGAACAACUCACUUUUAUAUGUCUGGUUUGGGGCGUUUCAAGUGGAAAAUUGAAGUAUCCACAAGUGCAUGGCAGUUAAAAAAUCCCAAUAAACUGUGAUUUUGCUGGCACAAUGCAUGUUCUAAUAUUCUACUUUUGUUUAAUUCUAGG